AUGAAAGAAGACGAUUCUUCAAUAUCGUAAAAAAAGAUAGAUGAAUUAAUUAANAAAAAUGAAGAUGAUGAUUCAUUUUUAAAAUUUAUGUAAUAAUUUUAAAUAUCUAUUUAGUUAAAUGAGUUUAGUCAAUAAAAAUAAGAUAUAUUAUGAAGAAUAAGAAAAUCAACCUCCAUAAAGAAGUCCUGUUAAAUAUUUUUCAAAUAUUCCAAAAACAAGAGAAUAACAUUCAAAAUCAUCAAUGAGUAAAUCAAUUUUUUCAGAAUCUAUUAAUUAAAAUAGUAAAUUUUAAUAUAUUAUUGAUAGGAGUAAUUAAGACAAAAUGUAAUACUAAUACAAAAUCAAAUGCUCAUUAAAGAUUAUAUUAGGAUGCUUGUAUGAGAUAAGAAAGAAAGACUAUGGCUACUAAUAGAAAACCUAGAUAUUGA